UUGUGGGUGAAAAGAAAAGAGUUUGAUCUUAGCCGUCCAUCACAAACCUGAUAAAUUCGGCGGGAGGGCAAAACAAAAAGGUUACCCCUUUAAAGUCUGUUCCCUCCUCCGCUCUCCGAUUUCUUAAAAUAUUAUUUUCCUUAUUUCCUUUCCCUCCCUCUCUUCUCUUUCCUUUAAUUUGUUUGAAUAUUUUUGAAUCCAAUUUAGGAUUAUUUUAUUAUUUUCCCCAUUUUAUAGUUUAAACUCUAAACCCUUAUUUCCCUUGAGCUCUCUCUCUCUCUCUCUCUCUCUCUCAAGCCUCAACCCAACCACCAUUUGCCAUGGUUAGGGCUGUGAAGCGCGAAUCCACCACUACUAAGCCUUCUACUAAACGAGUCUCUGAAGAUGAACAAUCUGGUGCCGAGAAGGACCGCAGGGUUCUCCGAUCCCGCUACCUCGCCGUCAAGUCCAAAAUCAGUGAUAAGAGAGAUGAUUUAACAGAUGCAAAUUCAGAUAACUUCAGUUCAAUCAUUAAUGAGGUGGAGAGCUUGCAUCAACUUGUUCAAAAACCUAGAGAGCAAGUUGCUGAUGCGGAAGCACUUUUGGACAUUACAAGUACGUUAAUGUCCUCAGUCAAAGCACAUGGAAUUCAUGGUAUAACUCCUUCAAACUUUGUCAGCAGUCUUCUGAUGGAAUUUGGACGGAGUGGAACCAUGGAGGAGCAGGUGAGCUUGACAUUUUGGAAGGAUGUUGGAGUUGCUGUGUCAGAUGUUUUCAGGAAAGCUCCUGGAUGCUGCACCAUGAUUGGUCCUAUGAGCACAGAAAUAAAACUUCGUAAGCCCGCUGUUCGUCGUAAACAUGUGAGACCUACGGAGAGUUCUCGACCAGAAGAGCUUGAUAAUUCUCUCUCAAAAGAGAAAACAGACACCGAUAAGAAUAUGGCAGUCAUGUUCAACAUUCUUAGGAAGCAUAGAAAAGUCGGGCUUGAAAACCUAAUUUUGAACAGGAAUUCUUUUGCACAAACAGUAGAGAAUUUAUUUGCACUGUCAUUUCUUGUUAAAGAUGGGCGUGCUGAAAUUAAAGUGGAUGAGAAAGGAUGCCAUUUUGUUUCGCCAAGAAAUGCACCUGCUGCCAAUGCAGUUGCUUCAGGCGAGGUUGCUUAUAGCCAUUUUGUUUUCAGAUUUGAUUUCAAGGACUGGAAGUUGAUGUCAAAUUAUGUUGAUAUUGGAGGGGAAUUGAUGCCGCAUAGGUCAAAUAGUUCUCAACCAGAACAACCUUCCCAACCAAAUCAACCUACCGAGGAACGACAAUCAACAGCACCAUCACCAGCACCAACAACACCAAUUCGGAAGUUCAGUAGGAAUCGUGGCUUGGUUUUGCAUGAUCAGGCAGUUCUAGAAGAGUCCCCUGAUAGUGAACCAUCAGUUGUGGAAGAUUCACCUGUGGAUGGAAAUGAUGUACAAAGAGUUGCUGCCCUCCGAAAAGGGAAGCGUAAAUUGAGGUGAGGAGUAGAAUUACUGGGGAGGUUAGAGGUUACACCGGCCAACUAUGUGUCUUUUCUAGCUUAACUCUUGCGACGAGCUUUAUGAAUAUGGUUACUUAGCUCUGUAUAUGUGUAGUUAUAAGACUGAUUUUUAUCUUUGGGAUCCGGCUAUUGUAUUAUUAAAUUUUGUAAUUGCUUUAGUGAUUCGUGAAAUGAAAAUUAGUGUUGAGGUUGUC